AUGAUUCUGUGGGUGUCGACGAUGGUUGUGCUUCUGACAACACUAUACCUCGAAUUGAUUGGCAGCGUCACAGACAGGAGUGGCAUCGUGGCAUUGCAUACCUGUUCGGUUGAGACCAACAUAACGGUAGUUACGGCUUUCAUCGACAUCGGCACUUUCAUCAAAGGCACUACCAUUCGUACCACUCAAGAUUACACUAGCUGGUUUUAUUCCUGGGGUAAACUCUUGCAACCGGUUGUGUUUUACUAUAACAAAAGAUGGAUAUAUGAACAGUUUCGUCAGGUUCGUGGUGAUCUGCCGACGAAGUACAUGUUCGUAAAUCUUUUUAACGAAUCAGAGGGCAGAAGUUGGAUGAUUUUGAAAACUGCGAGAAAGAUAUUUGCUCAGAAAGGCUACCCGAAGCAUCAUCCUCCGACCACCAAUCCUCCCUAUGUCGUGAUCAUGCAUGCAAAGUACGAUAUGCUGGAAGAGGCAGUAGACAGCGACUAUUUCAAGACUGAAUGCACCAUGUGGCUAGACCUUGGCUUGUUCAGGGAAUAUAAAUCAAGUUCAUGUUUCGUGCUGAAGCAUCCUCCAAAUUUUGACCCUUCAAAAAUUGCCUUCAACAAAGUACACGAACUUAAAACAAAUAAAUCCUCUGAAUGGAUAAUCAAGAAUAUGCCUCAUUGGGUUUGUGGUGGUACGAUCCUAGGAAAAAACCAUAUUAUCAAAAAAUUCGUACACCAAUAUCGUCGAACGACGGAUUCAUUGUUGGCCAGAAAUUUAAUUGGUGACGAUCAAAUGACUAUCUAUAGCAUGUUCUCUGAUGCAACGUUGAACACUGAUUUAAAUGUAAAAAUUCAAACGUACGAAGGUCGUGUAAGAGAAUCGCCUGAUCCCUGGUUCUACCUUGGAUAUCUAAUGAAACACAGCAAAAUGUGUGGGUAG